UCAUGAAACGAACGCUGUUGCUUCUCUGGUUGUACUCCUGUUGAGAAGCACUUCUUCCUUCCUGUAGCGAGGAGCGAGGAGCGAGGAGCGAGGAGCGAGGCGGGAGACGGCAACGGGGCGCACCGAUGAAGCGUUUCUUCCAGCCGAUCGUGAAGGAAGGUUCCUCCAAGAAGGCUGCGCUUUCUACCUCCGCCGACACUCCCCUUUGCCCCGCCGCAGACGGAGGAGACAAGAAGGAAGAGAAGAGGGGGUCGACGCCGCCACUGAAGUUCUUGACUUGGAAUGCCAACAGUCUCCUUCUCCGCGCCAAGAACAACUGGCCCGAGUUCUCCCGCCUCGUCCAGUCUCUCGAUCCCGAUGUCAUCUGCUUUCAGGAGGUACGCAUGCCUGCAGCUGGAUCUAAAGGUGCACCUAAAAAUCCAAGUGAAAUAAAAGAUGACACAAGCUCUUCACGUGGGGAAAAGCAGGUACUGAUGCGUGCUUUAUCAAAUCCUCCAUUUCGAGAAUACCAUGUGUGGUGGUCUCUUUCAGAUUCCAAGUAUGGUGGAACCGCUUUGCUUUGCAAAAAGCAACUUGAGCCAAAGAAGGUUUAUUUCUCACUAGACCGGUUAGGUACAAAACAUGAACCAGAUGGCCGGGUGAUUUUACUUGAAUUUGACUCAUGUUUUUUGCUAAAUACUUACUCACCUAAUAAUGGUUGGAAAGAGGAGGAAAACUCAUUUAUAAGAAGACGGAAGUGGGAUAAAAGAAUACUUGAAUUUGUUCUACAAAUUGAGAAGCCCUUGAUCUGGUGUGGAGAUCUAAAUGUGAGCCACCAAGAAAUUGAUGUUAGCCAUCCUGAGUUCUUUAGUAAUGCAAAGCUCAAUGGGUACAUUCCUCCAAAUAAAGAGGAUUGUGGACAACCAGGAUUUACCUUAGCAGAGAGGCAUCGAUUUGAUAGCAUACUAACUCAAGGGAAGCUGAUUGAUGCUUAUCGAUUUCUCCACAAGGAGAAAGAUAUGGAAGGAGGCUUUUCAUGGUCUGGCAAUCCUGUUGGCAAAUAUCGAGGUAAAAGAAUGAGGAUUGACUAUUUUAUAGUCUCUGAGAAAUUGAAGGAUAAAAUUGUUGCAUGUCAGAUGCAUGGGCAUGGGAUCGAACUUGAAGGUUUCUGCGGAAGUGAUCACUGUCCUGUUUCGCUCGUGCUUUCGGAUGAAGCAUGGCGAUCUUAGUCAUGUGUAUUGGUCUGUACAGUAGGUGACACUGACAGCUGACAAAUUUUGCGUUAGGAAGAUUGCUCCCUGAGAACCAUUUGGACAAAUUGGUUGCAGUAGAUUGUAUCUAAUUUGAUAAUGUCAUUAUAACUAUUAACACUCCUUUCCGAAA